AUGUUGCUCUUCUACAUAAUCAGUGUUUUAAUCAGCGUAAACGAAGCAGCGAAAAUCCUAGCAGUGUUUCCAACACCGUCAAUCAGCCAUCAAAUAGUCUUCAGACCCUUAACUCAAGAACUAGCCAAAAGAGGCCACGACGUCACGAUCAUAACUCCUGAUCCUGCCUUCCCAAAAGGAGCAACACCAGCCAAUAUCACAGAAAUCGAUGUACACGACAUUUCGUAUAAACUGUGGACCGACAGACUUCUAAAAUCAGUUGGUAAAGGAGAACAAAAUGAUCUAAAAAGUCAAAUAGAAAAAUAUUACGCGACAAUACUAGAAAUAGUUCUACAACAGGUACAGAAUAAUGAAGUACAAAAAGUGAUUAAUGAUAAACAUAAGAAGUUUGACCUUUUGUUUCUUGAAGCCUGUGUGAGACCUGCUCUUCUGUAUUCUCAUAUCUACAAAGCUCCUGUUAUACAGAUCAGUUCAUUUGGUGCUAUGCCUGGGAACUUAGAAGCGGUUGGAGCCCCAGACCAUCCCAUUCUUUAUCCAAACGUAUUUCGACAAAAAAUUAACAAUAUCACAAUGAGGGAGAAAUUUGUGGAAAUCUUCAAGUUUUAUGCAUUUAAUAUGAUCCAUAAAGGUUUCGAAGAAACUGAGACUGCAGCAAUUAGGAAAGUGAUUGGGUCUAAUAUGCCAGAAGUAGGAGAAUUGUUUAAAAACGUUCAUAUGCUGUUUCUAAAUGUCCAUCCAGUGUUUGAAGGCAUUCGUCCAGUUCCUCCUAAUGUUAUAUACAUGGGUGGUUUGCAUCAAAAUCCUGUGAAGGAGUUGCCAAAAGAUCUCAAGUCCUAUCUAGAUAACUCUAAAAAUGGAGUCAUCUAUGUAAGUUUUGGUACAAAUGUGAUAACUGAUCAGUUACCCAAUAAAGUUGAAGAUAUGAUCAAGGUAUUGUCUCGUCUUCCCUAUGAUGUACUAUUUAAAUGGGACCAUGAUGAACUACCUGGACGCCCCAAAAACAUAAGAAUUUCAAAAUGGCUACCGCAAUCGGAUUUGCUACGUCACCCAAACAUAAAACUGUUCAUAAUGCAAGGAGGUCUACAAUCAACAGACGAGGCUAUAACAGCAGGAGUGCCUCUGAUUGGUCUACCCAUGCUAGGAGACCAAUGGUUUAAUGUGGAACGAUAUGAGUAUCAUGGAAUAGGAAUCAGAAUUGACUGGGAAAGUUUUACUGAAGAGAAAUUUGAAAAUGCUGUUAAUAAAAUAAUUGGGGAUCAAAGAUAUCGUCAGAACGUUAUCAAGCUUCAAACCUUAAUUCACGACCAACCAAUGCGUCCACUAGAGCGCGCUGUGUGGUGGACGGAGCACGUGCUGCGUCACGGCGGCGCGAGACAUCUGCGUGGACCUGCAGCCAACAUGUCGUGGGCAGAGUACCAUGAACUAGAUUUAGUCCUCAUCUUAGUAACCAGCGUAUUAAUUUUAAUAUUUAUAUUCAUAGCACUUGUUUAUGUUUGUAUAAAUUGUGUAACUUUAAAGAAACUCAAGGCAGACUGA